GUGACAGUCGAGGACCACUGCGUAACUCUGUGUUACGUUAACUCUCCAAGUUGUGUAUCAGCCGUGUUGUAUUUUUUUUUAUAGUAGUAAAAUUGAAGUAGAACAUUAGGGUGUGGACUGUGUUCAGGUGGCUCAUGAUAGGGCCCAGUGGCCGGUUUAUGUGAUCAUGGUAGGGGUGCAUAAAAGACAGAAUUUCAUGAACAUUUGAGUUGCAGGGAGUGAUUCGGACUGAAGGAGUCAUGCCUCAUGGCAGGAGAGGCUGUCUCUAGGACAUCUCUCAGUUUAGCCUUCCAGAGGAAACAAAACUUGGAGUGGCGAAAGUUAAGGGAGCACCUUCAUUUACAACUACAACAGGAUAUUGAAAGAAUCUACACUAAUUCCUUAUACUGUGACUUGGAGCUUGUGUUCAAUUCCACGUCAAUUCAAACCCACUGCAGUAUAUUGCAAGUUAGAGCUGCUAGAUUCUUCGCAAAACUCUGCUCCAAACAUCCUACACCACAUUCUGUAUUUCUUGGCAAUGCUUCUGUGGAUUAUAUAAAAAAAUUUAUAAGGAGUCUGUACACAAAAUGUGCUGUUGUUGGUGAAGAGGAUGCAGUACAGUAUCUUGGAGAGUUACAUAACCCUGCCAAAGUUAGUGGUGACUCUGGACUAAGUCCUGAAUCAGAUGUCUAUCUAACACCAAAUUCUUCGCCAUCAGAAAUUUAUCACCACUUUAAUGUGAUACAGAAACUUAGUUCAGAUAAUACUGAAAGUGAGUCUGCAGAGACACUUAUUAAUCUUCAGAAGACAAAUCAGUCUUAUUAUACAAUUGUGCCUGUAGACGAAACUUUUAUUGAGGAAAGUAAUUGCAGUAAGUCACUUGAUGCAGGCAAUGUAUUAGAAAAAGAAUUAGCUGAACAGGACGAACUUUUGAAAUCCUUUCAUUCCAUCAGAUCAAAGGAGGAAAAGAAAAGCUUCGUGAAGAAAAUCAGUAAACCAACAUCCCUGCCCUUCACUUCUAGUCAGUACACCAAAAAAUAUAAGCGCAGUUGUGAUAUAACAUAUGCUCGACAUAAUAAAGAAGGAAAGGAUUUGCUGGAAUCCAAACUAGAACCUUCACUUUGUAAUAAGGAAAAUUUUACAAGUUCAAACUCCAGUCAGUCUGUUCACAAAGAUCAAAGCAAUGAUAACUUGUUGAAAAUAAAUUAUCAGAAAAAGGACAAGUAUUUAGUUGAUAAGUUUGAAAGCAGGGAGAACACUAUUCAGGAAGAGGAGGAAAAGGAUUCAUCAAAGAAUAUAGUUGGAGUUUUGGAGAAGUCAGAUUGUGUUGAGUCAAAUAACAGUACUAGCAACAAUGACAUCCCUGAAGAAGAAGAAGAGUUUAUGGAGAGCCCAGGGGAUGGAAUGGAUUGUGAAUUAGAAUGUUGCAAACAGAAGAACCUUACUGCUGAAGAUUUACUGAAUUUUCCUUGCAGCCCAGAGAUGGAUGCAAGUGGCGGUGGUCCAGAUUCUGGCAUAGAUACCAGUUCAGCAGGCUGUAUGCUGGGUGGUGGUCUUAGUAGUCCACGUGAACACACAGUCUCAGAAACUUCAGGGGUUGACCUCACUGAAGCAGCCAUUGGCGAGGACAUGCCACAUGAUGGAGAUAUUGAAGUUCUGCUCCGAAAGCCUGUGAAGUCGUCAACUUCUUCUUCUGUAUCAUCUGAUGCAGGCACAUGGGAUAGUACCUUUCCUGCCACACAUUCACAUGACACACAUGUCACAGAACUGGAUUGCAUGACGGGCUGUGAAGUGCCAUUGGAAGGUACUGGUGAAACUUUGAGAGAGUCGUGUGGCAAAGAAAAAUAUUCAGUAAGGACAAAAACAAGUUCAGAUGAAUUUGUGUUUUCAUAUUCUGAUGAAGCACAAACUGAAGAUGUAUCAAAAAUGGAAACUGACUCACAACUUGAUGUGCACCAUGUUGAAGAAAAAGUUCAUCAUUCAGAAGAUAAACUAUCAGAUGAGAGUAAAAAUGGUGUAUGUGCUUACAGUAAAGAUCUACAUAUAUCACCAGAAAAUGUUCCAUCACAGAAUAUCAAUUAUGUUUCCUCUCAGUCUGAAGACAAUAUAAGAGGUUCUUCACGAUCAGGCCCUGAAUCUGUAGUACAGGCAGUUUCAGUUCAGCAUAACUAUUCCUCAGAUAAACUCAUUGAAUCACUUACACUUAUCUCUGAGGAUGCACAUACCUGGAGGCUGAGUAAUCAGAACAACUAUUUCAUCAAUGCUGCAGACUUGGCAGAUGACAGUGACAUGUUGCUUCCACCCCCUUCGGGUGCAUCUGAGCAACAAGAUAAAGUAACUAAUGAAAUUGACACUUCAGAACUGGAUGUUCUGCAGAAGCCUUCCAGUGCAGCAUCACCGUGUGAAGAAAGCACUUCAUCCACAUGUGAUAUUGUUACUAAAGGCAUAACAGACUGUUUAAAUAUCAAAGCAAAGUACACAAGUACUGACACAUUGCCUGUUCAAGCUCAUACAGAGACAUUUUGUGAUGAUGUAGUUCCAUUUCUGUCUUCACACCUAACAAUAACAGAUGAAAAUAUAAUUGUGAAUAAUUUGGAGCCUGUGACUGAAAGUAAUUAUCAGACAGUAAAUGAGGAGCCUAUCAUGAAUAAGUUUACUGCUGUUAGAUCUGGGACUGGCAAGCAUGACUUACAGAUGUCAAGUGGACAGGAUAUCCUUGCAGAGUUUCAAAAGGAAAUAAAAAUGAUUGAACGUUUGGAACCACAAGAAAAUGCUAGGAAACUUCAUGGGGUGUUGAAACAUGUUGAUCCAUCCAGUUCAGAAGCUGUAAGUAAAAGAGAAAGCCAGUCAUUGCCAGUAUACAUAUCUUCUGAGUCUGAUAAGCCAGAAAUUAAGGGCACUGAAGUACUUCUGGCAGGAGGAAGCUUGAAAGAAAACAGUAAUAGUACACCAUCAGAGGAAGGUUCAACAGGUGUGAUUCCAUCUGCAGUAUCUAAUAGCAAACAAAUUGAUGAGACAGAACCUGGAUCUGGUCAGUUGGGUGAAGACAAAGAAGGGGAAACUGAACCUCGCCGCCCAAGCCUUAUACGCAGGAACACUUUUGAACUGGAUCCAGAUGAUGACAGAUUGGCGCUGUUAAGACAGGAGUAUGAGCGUCGACAAGGAAACCUGCUGUUUCAGAGCUGCAUUCCACAAUUUUCAGGACAUCGUACAGGGAGUGAAGGCUUUCGAGAUGUUCAAAGUCUGCUGAUGGCAACAUCAAAAGAUGGGGAUUUAAAUGAAGCUGAGGCUCAUCAACAGUCCCUUCCAGUAAUCAUACCUGAUACAUCACUUACAGAGACAGGAUCAUAUGUAUCAAAUAAAAAUGAAGGGCAAACAGUGUUUUCUAAAACUUUAAUAACUAAUCCCAGCCAUUUAGUAUUAUCAUCUCAUGUGCUUUCCAACUGUGACAUUCAGGUACUUGACUCUCUCAAUAAUGACAGGCCAUUGGACAGUCUCUUUGACACACAUAUGAGUCAUAACAUGCUGUCACAGCAGAGAUCUAAAAGUCAGCAGUUUUGUGAGACAGUAGAUCAUGGGUCAGAGUACCUAGAAGAAACAAACUUUGUGGAUAACACUAAUGGAAAAAAUAGGUCUUACACACAAAGUAAGCACAGUGUAGAUGCAUCUGAAAAGGAGCAGGAUGGGGAAAGAACUCAGAAAGGUGACUUGAAGAAAGUCUCAAGCAGUUUUGAUAAUUCAACAAAGCCAGUUAUAUCAGGUGCUCUAACCUGCAGUGAUAUAGUGGUUGAGGAGAAACGGUCAUGUGACAGCCCCAAGAAACAGAAGCGAACUGAAUCAACGCCAAUUGUAUCAGGAGGUGUUUCAAGUGUAGAUUUUGUUGCUCAAACUCGCUCCAUCUCGGAUAGCCCUAUCAUGGCACGUAGGAAGACUGAGUCAACACCGAUUCUUUCUGGUGGAGCUCCAGUGAUGAUAGAACCAGCACCAGAAAAGGUAGAGGUGAAGUCAUCUGCAAGUGUGGCUUCUUCAGUGAAGUCCGCAUGGAUUGUGGACAUGAGUGAUUGCAGCAGCAGUACUUGCAAACCUCCUCUGGAACCCAGGAGACAAAAGAAGGCUGAUGUGGUUGGAAACACUGGACAUCAUGUUGAAGGGAGAGUUGCUUCACAUCACAAACAGAGUGAAGUGAAAGUCACUGCUUUGGGUUUCUUUGUUGAUUUGAAAGAUAGAGCCACUGACUGUCAGAUAAAUAAGAAGCCCAGAAAAGAGACUGUAAGUGUCAGAGAUUCUGAAUCCUCUCCUGGGAGAAGAAAUUCAGGAGUAGGUUUUUUUGUAGAUUUGAAAGAACAAAAGGAGCCUGUUGAAAAAAGACUUGUGCCAUCUGAAGGAAGUGAGUUAGCUAGUCACAUUCAAGCAGAUGAACCAGAGUCUGUAACAAAAAAUGCUUCUUGUGGAUUUUUUAUUAAUUUAGAUAAAAAGUCUGUUAAUGACCAAGUAAAUGAAAAUAUAAAAUUAUUGGAUAGUGGUGGUGGUGAUGAGAAAAAUGUUUCAACAGACAAAAAGAAUACCUUGUUCUCAAUGUUCAUCGAUAUUGGUGAGACUAGUGUUAAACAAGAAUCUUCUGUGGAUCCAGGCCGAGGUAAGGUGUCUUCGCCACAGCUUUCUUCUCAUAAGAAGUUAGGAUUUAGAAGGCAGGCAGAAAUAGUGUCCAGUUCUGAUCCCAGCCAGACCCCUGAGAGUAGUCUGACAUACACAGAUGCUAAAGGUGGAGAAUCUGCUUCCCAGGAUGAGGCAGAACACAAAAAACAAGGGUUCUUCAUGUUCAUUGAAGCAGAUUCACCUGUAACAAGGCGUAAAGCCUUGCCAUUAGGUCUGAGACCAAAUUUAAAUAGGCAUUCUUGGAAUUUAGAACCUCACACUGGUGAACAAGGAGAUGGCCAACAUAAAGGUAAUGGCAGAAGGUGUCAUAAACGUGCGCAUAGUUUGUCUGUGGAAAGAGGAAAUGUAUGUAAUCCUUCUGAUGAAAGCAGAUCAUCUAGUUCCACAUCUCUAGCGAAAAGUAAAGUGAGAGGUAGUAGCCAGUCACUUCAUGAAGGAACUACAUCUCCGAACCAAGGAAGUCUAACACAAUUUGGAGAUGGUCUGCAGGUUAAAGAGAUGUCUAGUUCAGUUCAUUGUAAGCAGUCAUCCAAGAGCUAUGAUCGAUUACCAAAACGUGCCCUGAGCUAUGAAGGGAAAUCAGAAAGUGGCAGAGAAGCUCCAGAGAUAGACUUCACUUCAGAAGUAAAAGUGACAAAUGAAAACAGUUCUCUCUUACCAGAGAGUUGCAUUGAAUCAGAUGGUGCUGAUGCUAAUAAAACAGCACAUCAGAUCUCUUAUCCAGAUAGUGGAGAAUCAGACAGAACGGUAGACAAGGUAUCCAGUCCUACACAUAAGGUUGUUAUUGAAACUCAAGAGGAAAAGGAUAAUGUUUGCAAGAAUAAUUCAGAGCCUUCAGAUCUUCAUCAAACAGAAAUUGCUGAAGAUGUUUUACACAUUGAUGGAGGACACAGUUUUGUUGAAAAUUGUGUUACUGUUGAAGCUUCUGUAGAAAGUGAAGUAUUGUCAAUUGGUCCGUGUUUUGAAACAGAAUCCAAAUCUUUGGAAACAAGCUUUGUUAAACUUUCAGACUUGGACAAAGAAUCACACAAAACCAUGAAUACUGUCUCUGAGAGUAGUGAUGUUCUGCCUUCAUUUGCCACAGCUAAUAGGAUGACUCGUAGUAUUCCUGAGACAUCAUGGAUUGAGAGUAAACUUCUUAUGACACGGUCAAUUGGGGGUGGCACCAGCACCAGGUCACUGAGUCGUUUAUUUCCACACUUGCAUACUACUAUGACUGCCACGCCAUCCCCAUCAAAUGUAGGCAGAAGCAAGUCACCAAAUGCUCAGCCAGAUGCAGAUGAUAAUGAUAUGCAGAUUUCUGAGACAUCUGACCUGAGCAGCAUGCAGAGCAGUAUGGGGCCAUCAGGACUUGAGGGCAGCACAGAAGAGACUGAUGCUUCAUCUUCAUAUGCAGGCUGCAGUGGCCCAGUUUCAAGAUUAGGUGAAGAUUUACUCAGAAUGUUUCUUGAAGAAAUCAAUCCUGAUGUGACAGUGGAGGUUGGAGGGCGGAGAUUGAAAGCCCAUAAGUGUAUUUUGUCCUCCCGUUGCCAGUACUUCGCAGCAAUGCUGAGUGGUGGCUGGGUUGAAAGUGCAGGAAAUGUCAUAUCCCUUCAGGGCUUUUCUUACAAUGCAGUCCAUUUUGCAUUAUGUCACAUCUACAGUGGAACAAGCAACAUUCCAGACACCAUCAGCAUUGUUGAACUGGCAACAUUGGCUGAUAUGCUGGGGCUUGAAGGAUUAAAAGAAGUCAUAAUGUACACACUUAAAGUAAAAUACUGCCAUUUUUUCCACAAACCAUGCACUAUGUGUGCUGCUGGCGUUUUGGAGUGCCUACCACUUGCUGCAGCAUAUGGUCUUGACGACAUAUACCGGAAGAGCCUACGGUGGAUUACUAAGUACUUCGUAAGAAUUUGGCCAACAAAGGGAUUUGCUUCGCUUCCCAGAGAACUUAUUGAUAAAUGCUACCAGCAGCAUGUUGUCCACGCGACUGUGGACAACAUUCUAGAGACAGUGAUGUGCUGUGAUAAGCUUCUAGCUACUCUUCCCAAUGUUCGAUGGGCAGAACCUGUGUUCGGCAUAACUUCACAACUUCUGGAGUCCUCCAUCAAGUUCAUUGCAAAUAACUUUUGUAGUGUGCUCAGCAGUGACAGCUUCCUAUCUCUUGGAAAGGAAUUGAGUUGGAAUAUUAGUCGUUUAGAGGAUAGUUUGAUGGCUGCAACAGAUCGCCUGCCACCAGAUCAGGCUUGCCAGAGUCACAUUCGCCUCCACAACAUCCUAACAGUUGCACAACCACCAGAACCACCACCCGAAAUGCAGUGGAGCCCUAGUUUUGUUGAGCUACUACGCAGAAUUCAGAAGCGAGUAGAAGCAAGUUUGGUACGCCAAGCUGCAAGAGCAGCUCGCUGUCCAUCUUGGGGUCAGAUGGAACUAGAACUGAGAAAGAAGAUUCAGGAAGCUGCCUGUCUUGUUCUGGUUCCAGGAGAAGAAGGCCACAGAUCCCGACAUGCCAACCUUGCAAAGCGUGGUGAGUCUACUGGCAGCAGCAAUGUUCACUGUGCUGUACCACGAUCUGUCUCAAGUUCAGGAUCUCGUAACCUAGAUCUGCGUCAGGUCAAAUUGGCCAUGACACAGCAAGCAAGGCGUGCAGCAUCUGGUGGACGAGUAUCCAUACUAAAAGCCGACACCAAGUCUCGUUCACAAACUGCAAAGAAAUCACAGUCAGGCACUCAUGUACCACCACAUAAGGCUGAAACAGUAUCAUCACAGGCCAAGAAAGUUGGAUCAGAGAAUACAGAGACAACCUUCAGGCCAAAAACUUGGCCAUUGAGGAUUGUGGAAAAUAAAACUAAGUCUGUGAAGCAAAGAGCUAAUUCAAGUUCUUCAAGUAUGGGAACACCAGAGAAGUCUGGAGCUAUGUCACGAAGGUCAGGAAAGACCAUGAUAUCAUCCUCUGACUCGUCUCGUACAUCAUCUCCUGCAAUGAGACGCUCAACAUCCAGUGGUGAAGCAUCUGGCAGGGGUAGAGCUGCUACUGUGGGAAGUGCCUCCAGCAGGAACUUGGUUAGAAGAUCUGAAACUCCUCCAGGGAAGGAAAUGAAGAGCAAGAAGAGGAAGGACAAUGAAAUCACUGCUAUUUCAACAGAUUCCCUAAGCGAGGUGCAGUCAAACGGUGGUGGCAGACACACAACAAAGGAAGUAGGUGAUAGUAUUAAUAGUCGAAGUUGCGUCUCCACACGUCCAGACACACCUUCAGUCAGGCAGAAGCUUGGAGAAGAAGUUGUGAUGUCAACAGAUUCAUUAGCAGAAUCUGUAGCCAGUGGAGAGAAAGUCUUAGCAAAGCUUGAGACUAGUACAAGUGCUCCUAGUCGCAGUUUGGGAUCUACAAGGCCAGAUACUCCACCCAUAAAAGAGAGAGGAAGAAAAUGCUUGGGCAAGAUUGGUGUGGAAGUGACAGUGUCCACAGACUUUUUAGCUGCUACUGAACAAUCUCUUACUGGUGAAACGUCUACAGUAAGGAAGGUGGAGGUGUCAAAAGCAGUGACCAUUUCAAAAUCACCUACUUCAAAAGAAUCUCAGUCAGUUAACUCUCAUUUUGAUGGCAGUAAAGGAAACCAGAUAAAAGGAGCAAAGACUGGUGAAACAAAAAAUGAAAUUAUCCAACCACGAUCACCAGCUGCUGCUGCAAGACGAGUGGUGAUGCGACAGACAAUAGUUUCUCCCCGUGAUUCUCCCACCUUUCGACUUCGAUCAGGUAUCACAUCCUCUCCAUACAUGGGGUCACCUUCACUGAGAAGAAGCCUGUUGCUUGCAGCUAGAUCACCUACAAAUGGCAAUGCUGCCUCCAUGAACAGCACUGUGCCAUGCACUGCUAAACCAGAAAAGGCUGGUAAAUCUCUCUUCAGUCCAUCUACCAGUAUUUCAGCAAAUAAGCGUACUCCUUCUAGGCUUCAAUCACGUAACCAGCCAACUGCAAGUCCAGUGAGAAGCAGCACUGACUCAGGAAGAGGAGUUAGCAGAGCCUGUGGAAGAGAUGCAGGAAGAGGUAAUACAACUGGCAAGGGAAUUGCAAAUGUAAGUAAGGCUAAUAAUAAUGCUGCUCGCAAAGUGAUUUCUAAUGGCAAGAAUAAACAGAAUAAUAAUGAAAUGUGCACUCCAAAUAAGAAAGAGUCUUCAGAGGAGAGGCAGCUCACUGUUGGCUCUCGGUCAGGCACUUUUCUGAAAGAUGAGCCAACCAUUUUAAAGAAACCAGAUGUCAGUAAUGUACAAGAAUAAGCAGAUGCUCUUGCUGUGUAACAAACACACUUGCUCAUGAUACAGAUUUAGCUUAAGCCAGUAAUUCUGUGCAAUACAGCUCACAGUAUUUCACUUUUAUCUUUCUUUCCCUGUGAAGUACAUAGCAUCAUAAGCAAUAUUACUUUGGUAAUAUUCUAGCACAAUAAACCACUGUAGGUCGCGGUGCAAGGGCCAAGAAGGCCCACCCUGUAUACAUUCAUACAUUCGUUGGUAAUAUUCUCGGGAGGGAACUGUGUGUGAAGGUGGGGUGGGGGGUAGUGUACUAGUGUCAUAACUUGAAAGGAAAGUGGUACAGUGUUCUAGAACGAAGCACACAGUUAGCUAGUCAUGAUGCCAUUUAUGAUUUGUAUAUAAAUAUUAAGAAAUUGGUGAGGAAAGAUUGCAGAAAUUGUUAAAGAAGUCAUACAUGUUUAGAACAUUUAUGGUAGUUUAUUUUAGGUUAAAUGUAUGAUCUAUACAUAUGUAUUGAUUAUAUACUAUGGGUACACACACACAUGCAUGUGCUUUUGUUUGGCAGUCUAUAUGAAAUUCAGCCUUUAUAUGUGCAAUGGGAAGUGUCUGGUUUUUAAGGUUUUAGCAUUUUAUAAGCAUAUGUGAAGACACUGGGAUACAGUCAUGUACUGAAGCAGUGUGCAGUGGUGUAUUACUGUCACUUUAAGUUAGAUUUAUUUUGAUGACCAGGAUAGGCUGUUGGAACCAGGAUAAAGCCCCCAAACUAUGCUGUGCCCAUUCUUAGCUUUUAUUAUUCCUUGGGGUAGUGCACAUUUAAAAAUGGCCUUUGUGAGUUACACCAGUAAUUUCCCUGUUUAGUAAGUCUGAGAGAUUGUGAGGAAGUGAGAAGCAAAGAAUGACUUACUUAACAGACCAAGUGCCAGUAAAGAUACAGAUGGAAAGACAUCAAUAUUGCAUUUGUGACAGCAGAUCUUUGGACUUAAAAAAAGAAUUCACAUUUUUAAAUGAAAUAUUUGAGUAUUCUUUCUCAUCAGGGUUUCUGUAGAUGCUUUAGCUCAUCUGAUUUAUUCUGAGUGCUUAUUUUAAAUCACGUUCUUUCUUUCUUAUAUAUCGUAGCCACAUAUUUAAAUCCUGUAUACCAUAAAUUUAAAAGCUCCAUUCCCCCUGAGUGACUGAAGUAAAUCCAACUGCAUUUUAUUGCUUUUUGGUUUAUUGAAUGCUUCAUAAACAAUGGGGAGACUGAGAAAGGCAGGAGCACUAUGAAACAUGAAUUUGUUGAAGCAGUGGCAGAAAUGAUCAAGGUAUUUUAUCCUUCUGUGAACAUUUUCACAAUGUUAGUCACUACUGAAUUCAAAUAGUUAUUAUUUAUUUUUUGUAGAAAAAUCGAAUUCUCUUGAGUAGAGCUUAGAUGUCCAUUAAUACAAAGGGUAACACAGAGAGAACACUCAGAAAAUUUUACUCUUUGUUAUAAAAUAGAGCUUAACAUAUUUUUUUAAAAUUGCAGUUCAACAAUUUGUAUUAAUUAUUAAUUUAAAACGAGAGUAGCAGGUUUCAAGGAAUGAGGUAAUAUUAACAUAAUGCUUUUCAUAAGUUAAUGAUGCUGUACCAUUCAAAA